AGUAUCAAACCAAUUCAAUCAAUCAAAGCUAAAAGAACUUACUCUCACAAACUUCAAAUCCUCCUCUAUCCCUUUUGAAUCAUUAAUCAUGUCGCAACAACAAUUCAACGCUGGCCAGAACAGAGGCCAAGCUCAAGAGAAAGCUGAGCAAUGGACCGAGUCCGCGAAGCAAACCGCACAGUCCGCACGUGAUAAGACUGCUGAUUUGACACAAUCAGCACGUGACAAGGCUGCAGAUUUGACACAAUCAGCUCGUGACAAGUCCGCUGAUGGAUCUCAUUCCGCUAACAAAUCUGCACAACAUAACCAGGAACAAGCUGCUGGUUUAUUUGGCCAGACCGGUGAAUCAGUUAAAAACAUGGCUCAAGGUGCUCUUGAUGGUGUGAAGAACAGUCUUGGCAUGAACGAGAAGAAAUGAGAAUAUGAAUACUCAUAUUUCUCACCUAUUUUAUUUAAAAUAUAUAUGAAUAAUUUCUUGUUUUUUGAAAUUUUGGGUUUCUCCAAAUUAUGUUUGUAAUAAGAUUAUUUGUUUUGAAAGAUUUUGUGAUCAUGUGAUCCGAAAUCUGAGAUGUAAUAAGAUGUUGUAACAUCACAGCUUUCAAUUUUCUAUUUUCAGGGAAUGAAUCAAAUUAGCAACA